GAUUGCGAAAUCAAUUGGAGAGCAACUCGCAGACCAGCUCUCUGUCUUUUGAUCCAUUCUUCAUUCAGAAUAAUCUCCAGAAAUAAUCAAACAUGGCGGCAGCUGCAUCGACUGCUACUCAGUCGCAGCUCUCUUGCUUCUCCUCAAUCAACCGCAAUCUCCACCAGCUCCAUCUCCACCGCCGCUGCUUCAUCUCCUUCCCGUCCUCUCCCCGUCUCCCCAAGUUCUCGAUUGUUAUGAGCGCUGAAGGCCGCGCCAGGGGGAAUCCGGAUCCUUACAAGGGUUAUGAAUCGGCAUCAAAGUCAAUGCCCUACGGAGAAGAUACCAUCGUGGAAGAGUCGAGUAAGAACGCUGAUCUCUUCGUCGAGAAGAAGAGUGUCUAUGGUUCCGCCAUGAUCCAUGAUUUCUGUUUUGGCAUUCCCUUUGGGGGUCUUGUCCUAAGUGGUGGGCUCAUUGGUUUGUUAUUCUCAAGAAGUUAUGCAACAUUCAGUGGUGUGCUAAUCGGAGGGGGCUUACUCGCAUUUAGCACUUAUAGCUUAAAGAUCUGGAGACAAGGGAAGUCCAGUUUACCAUUCGUUUUCGGACAAGCUGUGCUCUCGGCAGCUCUUUUGUGGAUGAACAUUGAGGUUUACUCAUUGACCAAGAGCCUCCUUCCAGCAGGGUUUUUUGCUGCUAUUAGUGCUGCAAUGCUGUGCUUCUACAUACAUGUCUUCAUCUCCGGAGGCAAUCCACCACCAAAGAAGUUGCACUAGCCUGCCGUGAGGACUUGAUCUUCUAGGUCAGCCAUGGUUAUAUUUAUAGGUGAAAAAGUGUUGGUUCAUUUUAAGUGAUGCACUCUGCCGGGAUCAGCCACGAUAGUUUUGCGAGCGUACAUGAUUUCUGUUGUAGUAGAGUAUAAUUAAGGACAAUGAGUGGGGAAUCAGUUGAUUGAGGCAAAUUGUUAUUACCCGGCUACCGAAUUUUCAGAAAGAUCAGAAAAUGCUCGAUCUGAUUUGCGUUGCUGGAGUAUCAAAAGCUGUAGCCGAUGUCAUGGAGGAUUGGUUGAGUUCUGCAGAAGAAAAGCAAAAGGUUAGACAAGAAGUUGUGCAGAAAGGAUGGCCGAGUCUGGUAAGUUAAACAGAGAAUGAGAAGACUGAAGAACUUGCAAUCUGGAUUUUAUAUUUAGCAAGAAUGUUACUGGACAUCAAGGUUUGGAGCAGAGUUGUUUUUGAAUUUAGUAGGCAGAACUUAUAUUCUUGUAAUUCAUGAAAUUUUCAAUGCCACUUUCUCACAUUGCACCAAAAGA